AUGGCGACUGCGGCAAAUCUAUUUGUCUUCGUGAUUGUUGGAAAGGGAGACACGCCUUUGUAUGAGGCAGAUUUGAGUGCACCCGGGAAGAGAGAAGAUUCCCCCCACUAUGAUCAGUUCAUUAUUCAUCAAGCGCUGGAUGCGGUGGACGAAUAUGUCUGGCAGACACAAUCCAUGUACUUGAAAAAUUGCGACUCUUUCAGAGAUUUUUUAGUUUCCGCCUUCUGCACGGCUGGCCAUGUCAAGCUGAUGCUGCUGCAUAAAAACAGAGGAUCUAGCGAAGGGAUUCGCAACUUCUUCACCGAGGUGCACGAGCUGUUCCUCCGCGUUCUCAUGAACCCUUUAUAUGAAGCGAAUGGACUAAUCACAAGCGCGAAUUUCGAUAAGCACGUCCGUCUUGCUGCCAAGAAACACCUCCAUACCUAG